AACAUUCGAGAACUAAAAACACGUUAAUUUGAAGAGUUGUUUUGAAUUAUUUGAUUUAUUAGAUCUUGAAUUGAAUUUUGAUGAACUUUUUUUGUUUUCAUCAAUUCAUGGAAAAAUGAAUUCGUGAAAAACUGAAUCGGGGAAAAACCUAUGACUGUACCAACUUCCAGAAAAGACCUCAUGAUAGUCAAUAUGGGCCCUCACCAUCCAUCAAUGCAUGGCGUUCUCCGACUCAUCGUUACUUUAGACGGUGAAGAUGUUAUUGACUGUGAACCAAUAGUGGGUUAUUUACACAGAGGUAUGGAAAAAAUUGCGGAAAACCGAACAAUUAUACAAUAUUUGCCUUAUGUAACACGUUGGGAUUAUUUAGCUACUAUGUUCACAGAAGCAAUAACUGUAAAUGGACCCGAACAAUUGGGAAAUAUUCAAGUCCCUAAAAGGGCUAGCUAUAUCAGAGUAAUCAUGUUGGAAUUAAGUCGUAUAGCUUCUCAUUUGUUAUGGCUCGACCCCUUUAUGGCAGAUAUUGGUGCGCAGACCCCCUUCUUCUAUAUUUUCAGAGAAAGAGAGUUGAUAUAUGAUUUAUUCGAAGCUGCCACCGGUAUGAGAAUGAUGCAUAAUUAUUUUCGUAUUGGAGGAGUAGCUGCCGAUCUACCUUAUGGGUGGAUAGAUAAAUGUUUAGAUUUUUGUGAUUAUUUUUUAAUAGGACUUACUGAAUACCAACAACUUAUUACGCGAAAUCCUAUUUUUUUAGAACGAGUUGAAAACAUAGGCAUUAUUAGUGGAGAAGAAGCAAUAAAUUGGGGUUUAUCAGGAUCGAUGUUACGAGCUUCCGGAAUACAAUGGGAUCUUCGUAAAGUUGAUCAUUAUGAGUGUUACGACGAAUUUGAUUGGGAAGUUCAAUGGCAAAAAGAAGGAGACUCAUUAGCUCGUUAUUUAAUCCGAAUCAGUGAAAUGGCAGAAUCUAUAAAAAUUAUUCAACAAGCGUUAGAAGGAAUUCCGGGGGGUCCUUAUGAAAAUUUAGAAAUUCGACGCUUUAAUAAAAUAAAAUAUCCUGAAUGGAAUGAUUUUGAAUAUCGAUUCAUUAGUAAAAAACCAUCUCCUGCUUUUGAAUUGUCGAAACAAGAACUGUAUGUAAGAGUAGAAGCCCCAAAAGGCGAAUUAGGAAUCUUUUUGAUAGGAGAUCAGAGUGUUUUUCCUUGGCGAUGGAAAAUUCGCCCGCCGGGUUUUAUCAAUUUGCAAAUUCUUCCUCAGUUAGUUAAAAAAAUGAAAUUGGCUGAUAUUAUGAUGAUACUAGGUAUACAAGCUAUCAAUUCUUUUUCCAGAUUGGAAUCCUUAAAAGAGGUUUAUGGGACUAUAUGGCUGCUUUUCCCUAUUUUGAUUCUUGUAUUGGGAAUCACAAUAGGUGUACUAGUAAUUGUGUGGUUAGAAAGACAAAUAUCCGCAGGUAUACAACAACGUAUUGGACCUGAAUAUGCCGGUCCUUUGGGAAUUCUUCAAGCUCUGGCGGACGGAACAAAACUACUUUUUAAAGAAAACCUUCUUCCGUCUAGAGGGGAUACGUAUUUGUUUAGUAUUGGACCCUCUAUAGCAGUUAUAUCAAUUCUACUAAGUUAUUCAGUAAUUCCUUUUGGUUCUCGACUUGUUCUAGCCGAUUUAAGUAUUGGUGUUUUUUUAUGGAUUGUCAUUUCAAGUAUUGCUCCAAUUGGACUUCUUAUGUCAGGAUAUGGAUCAAAUAAUAAAUAUUCCUUUUUAGGUGGUCUACGGGCAGCUACUCAAUCAAUUAGUUAUGAAAUACCAUUAACUCUAUGUGUGUUAGAAAUAUCUCUACGUGUGAUUCGUUGAAACAUGGGUCUACCCUUGCCUCAUUUCUUUUUAUUUUGGGUUUCUAAGAAUAAAAAUGAAAUGGAUUGAAUAGUAUCUUCCUUUUUGUUAGUUACUGAUCGGGUUGAUAAAGUAAACCAGAUAGUUAGAUGAGUGAAAGAAAACAGCUUUCAAAUUUGCAGUAAAAAGUUGAAUCUCAUUGCCUAUGUACAAGG